AUGGCGGGUCUGCAAAUUUGGCGCCAUGUCCCGGGAAAGGUGCUGUUGUUCCUAAUCAACCUGGUGGCGGCCACGGCCCUGAUUUUCGAAGGCUACAAUCAGGGUGUCCUUGGGACCGUUAGCGCGACGCCAGGCUUCAUCAAGAUGGCAGAUAUCGGCCACGACGGGGUCGUCACCAACACCACUAAACAAGGCGGGCUUGCCGCAGCUUAUUACUUUGGGGGGAUGUGGGGAUGCUUCAUCGGCGGAUGGGUGGGCGACAGAAUCGGCCGCAAGGGCGGCGUCCUCAUCGGCACCGCCUUUGGCAUCCUCGGCGCGGGCCUCAUGGCCGGCAGCACAAACGCCAGCAUGUUCAUCUGUGCGCGUGUCAUUGCGGGCAUCGGCAUCGGCUUCAUGAACGCAAUCAUCCUGCCGUGGGUCAGCGAGCUAUCCCAGUCGCACGACCGCGGCUCCAGCUUCUCCCUGGUCUUCGUCGCCAACUACCUCGGCAUCGUCAUCGCUUACUGGAUCAAUUUCGGCAUCCGCAACUCCAACGUCGAGUUUCGCUGGCGCUUCCCUCUGGCAUGGAUGGUGAUUCCCCUCCUGGUCGUCGACGUGGCGGUGCCGCUGCUGCCCGAGUCUCCUAGAUGGCUCAUCGCCAACGGCCGCCGUCAAGAAGCCAUUGACAUCCUCUGCAAGCUCCGCGGCGACCUAGCCCCCAACGACCCCAUCAUCACCAAGGAAGUCGAGCUCCUCGACGCCAUCGUCGAAGCCAACCACCACAAGCGCAACGACCUCGCCAACAUCGUCCUCGGCGGCCGCUUCUCCGGCAAGCUGCACCUCGGCCGCCGCGCCGUCCUCGGCUUCGCCCUGCAAUGGAUCCAGCAGUGGACCGGCAUCCUCGCCAUCGUCGGCUGGGCCGGCGUCCUCUUCGAGCUCGCCGGCUUCGACUCCUACAAGGCCCUCUGGCUCGCGGGGCUGGCCAACACCUUUGGCGUGCCGGGCACGGCUGCCGCGGCCUUUGUCAUUGACCGGAUGGGACGCGUAAAGUCGCUGAUCACCUCCUUUUGCAUCCAGGGAGUCUGCCUCUUCUUGGUGGCCGCCUUGAUCAAGACUUCGCAGGACAAUGCCGUUUCGGAUCCGGAGCUGUCGCAGCGCCUGGGAACGGCGGCGGCAAGCUUUGUAUUCAUUUACGUCUGGUUCUUCACCAUGUUCAACAUCAUCCCCUGCUGGAUCUACGGCACCGAAAUCUGGCCCCAGGAAGUCCGCGCAAAGGGCUACAGCUUCACCAUCUUCGGCUGGGCCACCGGCUGCGGCUCCACCACCCUCAUCAUGCCCAUCUUCCUCAGCAGAACCGGCUACGGCACCUAUCUCUUCUUCGGCGCCAUGAACGUCGUCGUCGCCCCCCUGGUCUGGUUCUUCUUCCCGGAGCUCGCCAACCGCACCCUCGAGGAGAUUUCGCUCCUCUUCACCAGCGACAGCGUGCUGGCCAGCGAGAACAUGAAGGAAUACAACCGUCGCGUGGCCGAGGCGGGGGGCAACAUUGCCGUGGCGGCCAGGCAGCUCCUGGACGAGGUGGACGGCAAGGACGCGGAGAGCGGUACGGAAAUCGGAAGCCCUGAUGAGAAGAGAGUCGAGGUCAAUCACGACGCGACCAUGUAA